AACAACCUUGAGACAUUUGAAGGUCUGGUGAACAGUUCAUCAUACCACACCUUCUUGCUGGACGAAGAGAAAGGAAGACUGAUGGUGGGCGCCAAGGACCACAUUCUCUCCUUCAACCUCCUCAACAUCAGCAAAGACAUUGUGCAGAUCCCUUGGCUGGCGUCCCCCACCCGCAGAGACGAAUGCAAGUGGGCGGGAAAAGAUCUCUCGAAGGAGUGUGCAAACUUUGUGAAGGUGUUGCAGCCCUUCAACCAGACGCAUAUCUACGUGUGUGGAACAGGCGCUUUCCAUCCUGUGUGUUCCUACCUAGAAGUGGGUAAGAAAUUAGAGGACAACGUUUUUAGACUGCUGCCUCACACGGAAAACGGCAGAGGAAAAAGUCCCUACGAUCCGAAGCUGCUGACUGCAUCCAUGCUGAUUGAUGGUGAAUUGUAUGCUGGGACAUCAGCCGACUUCAUGGGGCGGGACUUUGCCAUCUUCCGCACCCUCGGAAAGCAUCACCCCAUCAGGACGGAGCAGCAUGACUCCCGUUGGCUCAACGAUCCACGAUUCGUGGGCGUUCAUCUGAUUCCAGAGAGCGACAACCCAGAAGAUGACAAAAUCUACCUCUUCUUCAGAGAGAACGCCAUGGAUGGAGAGCAUGCUGGGAAAGCCACACAUGCUCGGAUCGGCCAGCUCUGCAAAAACGACCUCGGGGGUCACAGGAGUCUGGUGAAUAAGUGGACCACCUUCUUAAAGGCACGACUUGUUUGCUCGGUGCCAGGAAGCAAUGGCAUCGACACACAUUUCGAUGAACUCCAGGAUGUUUUUCUCAUCAGCACAAAAGAUCCAAAAAGCCCAAUCAUCUAUGGAGUAUUUAGCACAUCCAGCAACAUCUUCAAAGGAUCGGCUGUGUGUAUGUAUAGCAUGGCAGACAUCCGCAGGGUCUUUCUGGGCCCUUAUGCUCACAGAGAUGGACCCAACUACCAGUGGGUGCCCUACCAGGGGCGCGUUCCUUACCCACGGCCUGGCACAUGUCCGAGCAACACAUUUGGAGGAUUUGACACAACCAAAGACCUCCCUGAUGAAGUUGUAAUCUUUGCCAGAAGCCACCCGGCUAUGUUCAAUUCUGUGUACCCGAUUAACAACAGACCGAGCAUAGUCAAAACUGACGUGGACUAUCAGUUCACACAGAUAGUGGUGGAUAAAGUAGAAGCAGAAGAUGGCCAGUACGACGUCAUGUUCAUAGGAACAGAUUUAGGAACGGUUCUUAAGGUGGUGACAAUCCCAAGAGGCUCCUGGCAUGACCUGGAGGAAGUCCUGCUGGAGGAAAUGACCGUUUUCAGGGAGCCAACGGCUAUUAAAGCAAUGGAGCUUUCAACAAAACAGCAACAACUGUACUUGGGUUCAGACCUUGGCAUCUCCCAGAUGCCUUUGCACCGCUGUGAGGUCUACGGGAAGGCCUGUGCUGAAUGUUGCUUGGCCAGAGACCCUUACUGUGCCUGGGAUGGCAGCGAGUGCUCCAGAUACUUCCCCAUGGCCAAAAGGAGAACCAGGAGACAAGAUAUCCGGAAUGGAGAUCCUCUAACACAAUGCUCAGAUCUGCAGCAACAUGACGAACUAAGCGGGCAGAAAACUCUGGAGGACAAGACAAUCUAUGGAGUGGAGAACAGCAGCACCUUCCUGGAGUGCAGCCCCAAGUCCCAGCGAGCAUCAACUUACUGGCAGUACCAGCGCUCGCCCGACCAGCGCAAACACGAGAUCAAAUCCGAGGAACGUUUUAUCCGCACAGAGCAGGGUUUGUUGAUCCGCACCCUGGACAAGAAGGACUCUGGGAUCUACCUGUGCCAGGCGGUGGAGCACGGCUUCAUGCAGACUCUUCUCAGGGUGACUUUGGAGGUGAUCGACACCGAGCGCCUGGAGGAUCUACUCAACGGAGAGGACAAGACCGCCGCCAACGCUUCCGUCCAGGACUUCCAAGAGCCUCCCAAUCGCAAGCUCUGGUACCGAGACUUCCUGUCAUUGGUGAACCACCCCACUCUGAAUAGCGUGGACGAGUUCUGCGAGCAGGUUUGGAAGAGGGAGAGGAAGCACAAGAAGCAGAAAGCUCACCUGGUGCAGCAGGCGCAAAUGCACCAGCAAUAUCCGCAGAGGGUCGUGGCGGCCAAGUGGAAACACCUGCAGGAGAGGCAAAAGGGGCGCAAUCGUAGGACCCAUGAGCUGGAGCGGGCCCCCCGCAGUGUCUGAGUCAGAAACUUGGACUGCGCUGAUCUGAAAGCGAAACUACAGACUGAGCAACAGACUCAUUCCAAAUGGACUCAACUGUAAACUUAUUUCUUCCCCUUGUUUGGGGUGUGGCAU